UUACAAGUUUUAAUAUUACAUCAGUAAAUAUAAGAAUAACAACUAAUAGCAAGCGAUAACCUUGUUAUCACUGAUGUUGAAAUUUCGCGCCCAACGAAGAUCGUUUGUUGUUAGGUUAUGUGGCUCAGUAUUCCGUCAGCUGUCAACUUGUUUGUAGUAUUUAUAGGACUUUAACGUAAAAUUUGUGAAAUAAAUUCGAUAAAAUGACCACAAUUGACGCCCCUGUUGAAUUGCAAAAUACCGAAUACUGUAAUUACCGGUCACCUUUGAGUACACGAUAUGCCUCCAAAGAAAUGCAGUACAAUUUCAGUGACCAAAAGAAAUUUUCGACUUGGCGUAAACUCUGGAUUUAUUUGGCUAAAGCUGAAAAGGAGCUCGGAUUGGACAUAAGCGCCGCUCAGAUAGCCGAACUAGAAGCUGCUGUACAUGACAUCGACUUCCCAGCGGCUGCUGAACAUGAGAAGCGGGUUCGUCACGACGUGAUGGCGCAUGUCCACACGCUCGGCGAGAGGUGUCCCCUCGCCGCGCCCAUCAUACACCUGGGAGCCACGUCGUGCUACGUCGGAGACAACACCGAUUUGAUAGUCCUUAAGAACGGACUCGAGCUGCUUCUGCCAAGGCUCGUCGCCGUCAUCAAACAACUUGGAAGCUUCGCGAAACAGCACAAGUCUUUGCCCAUCCUCGGCUUCACCCAUCUUCAACCGGCGCAACUGACAACGGUCGGUAAAAGAGCAUCGCUGUGGCUCAACGACUUGCUAAUGGAUGAACGCGCUUUGUCUCGCGCUAAAGACGACCUCCGGUUCAGGGGCGUGAAGGGUACCACGGGCACUCAGGCUUCCUUCCUCCAGCUCUUCAAAGGAGACGGUGAAAAGGUUCGCGCACUAGACAAAAGAGUUGCGGAACUGGCCGGAUUUGAUAAGAGAUACAUCGUGACCGGACAGACGUAUUCCAGAAAAGUCGAUUUAGAAGUUAUUUCCGCAUUGUCAGGCCUUGGAGCUACGGUACACAAAAUGUGUUCAGACAUACGUAUUCUCGCCUCUCGUAAAGAGCUUGAGGAGCCUUUUGAAGUGUCCCAAAUUGGUUCUAGUGCCAUGCCUUACAAGAGGAACCCAAUGCGUUCAGAACGUUGCUGCGCUCUAGCCCGUCAUCUAAUUACUUUACACGCUAACGCAGCUAAUACUCAUGCCGUCCAAUGGUUAGAACGAACCCUAGACGACUCUGCCAAUCGUCGCAUUACCCUCGCCGAGGCUUUCCUUACCGCUGACGCUACUCUACUGACACUAUUAAAUAUUUGCCAAGGCCUGGUGGUGUAUCCGAAAGUGAUCGCGCGUCAUAUCGCUCAAGAACUACCUUUCAUGGCGACGGAAAAUAUAAUAAUGGCUAUGGUCCAAGCGGGAGGUGACCGUCAAGUGUGCCACGAAAAGAUUAGGGUGCUCUCCCAUGAAGCAGGGGCUCAAGUGAAGCAACACGGCAGAGAUAAUGAUUUGAUUGAACGCGUUAAGAAAGACGGCUAUUUCGCCCCAAUUAUAUCCCAGUUGGACAAGAUAUUGGACGCUUCGACGUUCAUUGGUAGAGCUCCAGAACAAGUGGACGAGUUUUUGGAUGAAGAAGUCGAUCCCAUUAUCGCUAAAUACGCAGAUUCCCUUAUAAAUGUUGACAAGCCAGUGGCACUAAACAUUUAAUGUUGAUUUGACCAGAGCAGCUACUUACUGCUUUUUUAAUAAUUGUGAAUGUUUAUUUAAUUUAAUUCAAUGUAAAAUUUGACUUAAUGUAUGUUAAAAUCCUAUUAAUUAAUGAUGUUGUCGAAUAAAACAAUCAAUUUAAUAAAUUCAUAUAUUUACAAUUA